AUGCCGAUGGAGGGGAACUCACCUGAUCACCACGUGGCCAUCACCUACAGCCAGCUGCUGGGACAGGUGUACAGGUGUGCCAACGUUCUGAAGCAUAUGGGAGUGAGGAAGGGAGACAGGGUGGCCAUCUACCUCGCUAUGAUUCCGUAGCUGGUGUACACCAUGCUGGCCUGCGCCAGGAUAGGAGCUGUCCACUCCAUCGUGAUCCCGUGGGAUGCUGCGUGUGAUGUGUGUUGGGAGGAGGUGAUGGGACAGGUCUCAGAGCAGUGUGAACCUGAGUGGCUGGAUGCAGAGGAUCCUCUCUUUAUACUUUAUACCAGUGGAUCUACUAGCAAACCAAAGGGUGUUCUCCACACGGUAGCAGGCUACCUGCUCUACACCUCUCUGACCUUUAAGUAUGUGUUUGACCACCAGCCAGACGAUGUGUACUGGUGUACCGCUGAUAUAGGAUGGAUCACCGGACACUCCUACAUCACCUACGGACCCCUGGCCAAUGGGGCUACCAGCGUACUGUUUGAGGGUAUUCCAGUCUACCCUCACGCGGGGCGUUUCUGGGAGGUGAUUGAGAAGUACAGAGUGACCAAGUUCUACACAGCUCCCACAGCCAUACGCCUUCUCAUGAAGUACGGGAAAGAGCCACUACAAAAAUACAACCUGUCAUCGCUGAGGAUUCUGGGAACUGUAGGCAAGCCCAUCAACCCAGAGGCAUGGCUUUGGUAUUACGAGGUUGUUGGUCAGAAGAGAUGUCCCGUCGUGGACACCUUCUGGCAGACUGAGACCGUGAGUGACCCCACAUCCCAUCAUCAAGGACCCCCACAUCCCAUCACCAAGGACCCCCACAUCCCAUCAUCAAGGACCCCACAUCCCAUCACCAAGGACCCCCACAUCCCAUCAUCAAGGACCCCCCAUUCCAUCACCAAGGACCCCCACAUCCCAUCAUCAAGGACCCCCAUCCCAUCAUCAAGGACCCCACAUCGUAUCACCAAGGACCCCACAUCCCAUCACCAAGGACCCCACAUCCCAUCAUCAAGGACCCCCCAUCCCAUCACCAAGGACCCUCCACAUCCCAUCACCAAGGACCCCCCACAUCCCAUCACCAAGGACCCCCACAUCCCAUCACCAAGGACCCCACAUCCCAUCACCAAGGACCCCACAUCCCAUCACCAAGGACCCCCACAUCCCAUCACCAAGGACCCCCCAUCCCAUCAUCAAGGACCCCCACAUCCCAUCACCAAGGACCCCACAUCCCAUCACCAAGGACCCCCACAUCCCAUCACCAAGGACCCCCACAUCCCAUCACCAAGGACCCCCACAUCCCAUCACCAAGGACCCCACAUCCCCCCCCCAGACACGAGCUGUUCUCUCCCUUACCGAGGGAUAGAGAUGGCUACUACUGGAUCACAGGCAGGAUAUAGAUGGCUACUACUGGAUCACAGGCAGGAUAUAGAUGGCUACUACUGGAUCACAGGCAGGAUAGAUGGCUACUACUGGAUCACAGGCAGGAUAGAUGGCUACUACUGGAUCACAGGCAGGAUAGAUGGCUACCACUGGAUCACAGGCAGAAUAGAUGGCUACUACUGGAUCACAGGCAGGAUAGAUGGCUACUACUGGAUCACAGGCAGGAUAGAUGGCUACUACUGGAUCACAGGCAGGAUAGAUGGCUACUACUGGAACACAGGCAGGAUAGAUGGCUACUACUGGAUCACAGGCAGGAUAGAUGGCUACUACUGGAUCACAGGCAGGAUAGAUGACUACUACUGGAUCACAGGCAGGAUAGAUGGCUACUACUGGAUCACAGUACUACUGGAUCACAGGCAGGAUAGAUGGCUACUACUGGAUCACAGGCAGGAUAGAUGGAUACUACUGGAUCACAGGCAGGAUAGAUGGCUACUACUGGAUCACAGGCAGGAUAGAUGGAUACUACUGGAUCACAGGCAGGAUAGAUGGAUACUACUGGAUCACAGGCAGGAUAGAGAUGGCUACUACUGGAUCACAGGCAGGAUAGAUGGCUACUACUGGAUCACAGGCAGGAUAGAUGACAUGAUCAAUGUAUCAGGUCACCUGUUGAGCACAGCGGAGAUAGAGUCAGCUCUAACAGAGCAUGGAGCGGUGGCCGAGGCUGCAGUGGUCAGCAGACCCCACACGGUCAAGGGGGAGUGUCUCUACUGUUUCGUUACUCUGAAGGACUGCAGAGAGUUCAACCGCACUCUGGUGGACGAACUCAAGAGGCGAGUGAGAGAGAAGAUUGGUCCGAUCGCCACCCCAGACUUCAUCCAGAACGCUCCUGGACUACCUAAAACACGUUCUGGUAAAAUCAUGAGGAGGGUCCUGAGGCAGAUCGCCCGGAACGAGAAGGAUCUCGGUGACCUUUCAACCCUGGCUGACCCCAAGGUCGUGGAGGUCCUCUUCAGCCAGCGGUGUGAGACAGCUGCUUGA